AUGCGAUGGGAACUCAAGUUCCGGGAUCAGAAGUAUUUCAACACACCCAUAUCUAAGAAACUAUGUGUUUCCCUUCUCACGGAAAGACGGAUUUGGGGAUCCAGACAGAUAAAAGCUCUUGAAGGACACAGAGAUCUUAUCAGGCUUGAAGAGCACCAUCAAGCAGACGAAGAGUCCUCUAGUCCUCUCAGGAAUCGCACAGCCAGCACCAUGAAGGCUAUCCUCGCUCUACUCGCCAUAUGCGCUGUUGUUUAUUCCCAGCGGCCGCAGCAACCGUGCUGCUGCGAUCCCGAAGGAGACUGCGACCCGAUCGACUGUUUUGACCUCUGCCUCGAUCUCUACCCUGACACGAUCGGAAUCUGCGCCGAUCCUCCCGACAUCUGCUGGUGUUUCUCCCAAGGUUCCUGCAAGAAUGAAACGGUGAUCGAGACUAAGUUCGUGAAGACGCUGAAGACUAAACCCUGAUCGAAGGUUCUCCUCAUCUUCCCAAAUUUGGGUUCCGUGUAGUUGUGAAUAAAGCGUAAUUUAAUCCUAUGAUAA